AUGUUCCAGAUGAGUCUCAGAUUGCCUAUAUAUUUUAUUUAUUUACUAACACAUAUGAAUCCGAGUAAUACCGAUCAGGAAGCCUUUGAAGCAAUGCUAAAGAAUUUAGUUCCGUAUGAAGAAGAUAGUUCAAAAGUUAAAUCCAAAGAUUCUGAAGAAGAAAUGGAAGUCUUUGAUAUGAGUAUGGUAGAAGGCGAUCUUAAUUAUGAUGAAAUGGAUUGGCCUACGUCAUUUUCUUCUCCGAAUAUUGAGCUUAAUUCAAAUUCAAAAUCACAAUCAAAAAUUCAAUCUUUAUCGCAAGAAAAAGCCACCACACCAGCUCAAAUUUCACCAGGAAGAACACCAGAGGAAUCAGAAGCCGGAUGGAGUCUUGAUGAUUUUCUACCCCAAGAUUCAGGACAUGAUAAUUGGUUGUCUCCCAAUAGUAUAGCUAGUAGUAGUAUAGCUAGUAGUGAUAAUCAACCGGUAUCUCAUCAAGAUAAGGUACUAUCUCCUAGUAGUAAUCAUCAUAAUAUCUCAUUAGAUAGUGCCAAUUCAGUACUUAAGAAUGAGAUAGCCAAUAAUGAAGUAGAACAAGUUUCAUUAUUAGAGAAGACUAGUAGUUCUAGUGAGUCUAAUAAGGAUAGUUCUAGUAACUAUUUAGAUGAGGUAUAUACUGAUGAAAAGUCAGCUAAUCACGACUGGUCGGCAUAUGAAGAGUAUACGGGAGGCGAGCAAGAUGACUGGUAUGAAUCACUAAAAGAAGAUCCAGAAUGGUCAGAUAGUGCAUCAAAAGAUACAUCAUUUAGUAGUUCAGGUCAAAAUCAUGAAAUGCAUCAUGAAAUGCACCAUGAAGAUAAGGUCAAUCAAGAUAUUGAUAAGCAAUUAGCAGUAGGCAAGGCUAGUGAAAGUGAUAAAGAAAGUGAUAAGGAGAGUGAAUCACAACUAACACAACUAACACAAUCAAUUCAACCAACUCAAUCUGAAGUACUAUCACAACUAGCUGAGUUACACCCAUCACAACCUAACUCACCUAAACCCAACUCAUCUCAACCCAACUCAUCUCAACCUAAUCUAACUCAACCUACCCUAACUCAAUCUGAAGUACUACUAGGUGGUUAUGAAAGUACUCAGCCGGCAGCUGAUACGUGCUUAGCAAUGGAAGAUUUAGGAGAGUCGGCCUCGGGUGUAACUACUAAUGACUUAGAAGAAGCACCAGAUGAUAUGUUUAGUGAUUGUCCGCCUAUUGACUUUAAAGCAUACUUAUCUACACCUACUUCAGAAGAACCUACUAGUGAACAACUUAGUGAAUCUAAUCUACCUAACUCAAUGCAAUCUAGUGAACCAGAAGAAGAAAGAUCUUAUCGUUCUAGAUCAAACUUUGGUAUCUCUUUACCCUCCCCAGAAAUGACUGAGCGUAUUCCUUUACAAACUGUAGCUGGUUCUUCUGCUUCUGAUAUUAUCCUUCCUAAUUCUACCUUCUUAAAUACUUAUGACUACUCCGAGUCAGAAUCUACCAUCACUCUACCCCCGGCUACUCCUCCUACUCUACCACCCACUCCUCCCUCACAACCACUACCAUCACAACCACUACCUACACCAUCUACAUCUACAUCUACUCAGCCUAAACAUGAUAGUGAACUUCCCCAUCCUCGACCAAGAAUUGCCAUCACAUUUGCUAAUCAUGGUAUUUGCUAUGCCCAUAAUGUAGAGAGUAGGACUAAACCGGGAGUACUUGUGCAUGUAGGACAGUUUUAUAAAGAACUGGCUAUCUGUGGAGAUGAACUAGCUGAUUAUCGCAAGAAGAGUCCAAAUGAACUUGAUCGUGUCUUAUCUAAAUUAGUUGGCGAUGAAUAUACAGCUUAUCUAGGAUAUAUCUCUAGUAAGAAUCCUGAAAUUCUCUCUACUCAACUAUUAGCUCGGAAAGCACCAGGCCAGCUAAAAGAAAGCACAAGAUCAACUAUGGUUAACAAAGCCCUAUUUAGUAACAACUGGGCUGAGGCCUUAUUUGUAGCUGAAACAUGUGGAGUGAAGGAAGAAGUCUUUAAAUUGUAUGCUAAGGCAUCAACUAGUUCUUUUUCUCACUAUCUUUACUUGUUGUUACAAUUUGGUUAUGAUAUGGUGGUUAGUAAGAUUUUUGAUUCCUUAUCUGAAGAAGAGAUUUGUGAUGUUGUUUUAGAUUGGGCUUUUAUUCUUAAAGGAGCUGUACUUGGUCGUUGUGCUAAGAGUAUUAUCAGAUUGUGUCACUUUUUCUUUGAUCAGAAUAUGGUUGAAGAAGCAACUACUGUUCUUUUUAUUGGUCGUUCGGCUAUGGAGUUAGACAUAGGUUCUAUUACUAGUUCUUAUUAUGGGCACAGACUUACUAAUCUGCUUUUGCUUUAUAAGAAGUACUUUAAUGACCAAAUUGAUCUUAAAGAUCAGAUAGGAAGGACUUUAGUUGAAAUUAGUGAUGUUGAUUUGAAAAGAGCACAAUCUCUUUAUAAUGACUUGAAAGAUAACUUUGAUCGCCAAGAGAAAAGUCAGUUAGAGACACAAUUACUUAUCAAGCCGUCUAGUUGGGGACUUUCUGGACUAAUUCAAGCAGUUGAUCUGGGUAUAACUAAGAUGGUAGGUGGUUCAACUGAACCUGCUUCACCUCAACUAGCACAACCAGCUCAAUCUACUAUUCCUCUACCCACUCCCCAACCUACUUUAUCUUCUUCACCUCCACCAGCCCAACCUACUCAACCUACUCAACCUACUCAACCUNUUCUUCACCUCCAUCUACCCCUCCUUCAACUACGGCAGUUCCUUUACCUAUGCCAUCACGACUACCGCCACGACGUAUCAUCAAGACAACACCACCAAGAGAUCUCUCUAAAUUAG